AUGGCAAUCCAUUUGCAUACAUAUUCCGCGUCGUACCUUCCUGUUAGGGAAGGCAUUUCCGGAAUUUGGAACAACAUUGUUCGAGCGAGGAAAGAAUUUCACAAUUACAAUUUGCCGGUUCAAAACAUGAUAAAAAGGGUGGUGGGUAAUGGUAGAGAGGUUCGUUUAUGGUUGGAUUGGUGGACUGGAGACGGCCCGCUGAAGGAUAUUUUCCCGAAACUGUUCAGUAUGGAAAGAGAUAAGCAUGCCUCUGCUGAAGACCGUUUAAACAUGUGGGAGUGGAAAUUUAUGCCUAACACAAAUGCACUGUUAGACCAACUGCACCAAAUCGAGGCAGUGAGAAGCACAAUCCAACUGGAAAACAGGAAUGAUAAGUGGAUAUGGACCUACUCGGGUGACAGAGUCUUCUCGGUUUCAUCAACGAAAGAAAUGCUAAACAGGUUUGCUACACCAUUCUAUCCUUACGAUUGGGCUAAAUGGGUUCCUAAAAAGGUAAACAUUUUCGGGUGGCGCGGGGUACAAGACCGGUUAUCAACGAUGGUCGGGUUAAAGAAGAGGGGUUUGCUAGCUACCGAUCCAGUCUGCACAUUAUGUGGGGAAAGAGACAAAGACGCAGAUCAUUUAUUUAUCUGUUGUUACGCAGCAGCGGUGUUGUGGCAUAAAGUAAGUAAUUGGUGUAAAGUUCAGCAGAUUUUUACACACUCAAUAAAAGACCUGUUCGAAUUCUACAAAUCUGCGCAUUUAGACGAACCAAAAAGAGUGUAUCUACAAUCGAUUAUCUUAGCAACGUGUUGGGCCAUUUGGAAGGCAAGGAACGAGAAGAUUUUCAAAGGAAAACACGUGAACAUAGAAGGGAUCUUUGGUGAGAUGCAGACUAUAACUUUCCUGUGGAUAAAAAAUAGAGCAAAGAAAUCAGCGCUGGAAUGCAGAGAUUGGGUGCGUUUUGAGAUAGGAAACUAA